AUGCCCUCUUAUGUCUCCACUUCAUCGCAGAGCACUCCUCCGGGAGCCAUUCCUCGCAUCACCGAAGAUGGCAAGCCCGACACAAUUGCUUGGGAGUGCCCGGCAGACCGAGAGGUCGAGUAUGAGACGGACUGGUAUCAUAUACCAGACAUCCCCAACUUCCUCGUCUGCACACACUGCCACGAGAGGUGCCUUGCGCAAACACCCCUGGAAGACUCUUUCAAACACAACCGGGAACCAAAUGGACGUUGUCGGUUCAAUGCUCCCCGCAUCACCAGACUCCUUCUACCGGAGUGUCUCAAGCGCAAAGAGAUUACUUGUCUGCGAGAGUUCAUGACAGCUCGACUCAAUGUCCAGGACUGCAAGGGCCCCUCGGGCGCCGAUGGAUCAGCGGGAAUCAAAUGGUUCAAAGCACUUGACGAUAGACGGUACGGCUUCGUAUCUUGCGAGGCCUGCUAUCAAGAUGUCGUGCUAGCAACAUCGUUCCGUGACAAAUUUGUUCCGUACGACUCACCUCAAGCCACUGACGACAUCUGGGCUUGCGACAUAUGCCUCCCCUUCAUAAGUCGAUCGAUAGUCAAACUUUCCAAAUCAGGGGCCAGCAGCUGGAACGAAUGGAUAGAGGUAGCAGCAAAGCACAUGGCGCUUCCCGAAUGCGACAAAGGGCCUGUGUCGCCCUCCUCGCGGCGCUGGAUGCGACUGCGUGGCCAGCGGUAUCCAGAUUUCAAGAUGUGUGAAAAGUGCUAUGAGAAACAUGUAGCUCUGACAACACUGGACAAGGACUUUGACUUUGUUCCACAUGUGUCGAGUCACACGGGGUUGGACUGGAUGGACGCCGCCCUGGGUCAUACAACGACAGAGCCGACCCCCAUUACAUGCAGCAUGAACGGCUUGCCUACUGAGGUCGCCCUCACAGCUGCCAACGACUUUCAGGACGUCAACGUUCUCUAUCAAGCUCUAGAGGUUAUCCUCUCGUGCCCACCGUGUACUGACCGGGGAAUCAUCAACGGCACCUGGUACACCUUGACUGGCGGCGACUGCGACGGCUACAGGAUCUGCGCCCCGUGCCACGCCGCUUUCAUCACCCCGUUCGGACUGGAUCGAUUCUACGAGCAGUCCCGUAGCGAAGAAGCAGGCGAGACGUACUCCCGCUACUCCGUCUUCGUGCGCAAGUUUGCCGGCGUCCCGCACUGCGUCAGAGAAAACCUCGUCGACAACCAACGCUGGUACGGCUGGGACGACUGCACAAUCUGCCCAGAGUGCUACAUCACCUUCUGCGAGGAGAGCUCGCCCCCUCCUCCUAGUCUUGCAAUGGAAUUCAACAACAACCUCGUCGUCGAGAAGAGGAUGUGCUGCCUGUACCCCCCACGCAUGCGGCAAAAGUGGACCGAGGCGUGCGAGGCGGGCAAUGCGGAGGCGCUGAUCGAGUUUUCAAGGGUGCGGCACGGGGUUUGGGUACAGACUAUACUGCAAGUCAAGGCGCUUCGCCAGAUGCAGGACAUGCAGUUUGCUAAUGCCAUGCAUGCGGGCUACAUGAGUGUCACGUACCAGGGGAUCGAGAGCUUCAAAGUCGUGGCUGGCACGACGGAUGGGUACGAGUAUGGGAAUAGUCAGCUUGGAUGGCAUGCGACGCAGGAGGGCGUGACGAGCGCUGCUUUUUCGAAUCAGAUGCGGGCUGGUAUGGCUCAAUCUACUAGUUCGGGGACUUGGAACACGAUAUGGCAGUUGUUGGUGCAAUGGUCCGAGUAUGAGUAG